AUGCUCGCUGGUUGCGGGCUGCGGUUGCCAGAGAGGCUGGCCUGUGAAGCUUAUGUUUGGCUCUGGCUUUCGAGGAUCGUCGGGUGCAUCGCUGUUCCCGGAGUGGCGGGCCUUGUGGCACAUAUCCAGGGUGAUUCUCGGGCAGAGGUCCAUCCUGUAUUUCAUCCCUGGGAGUCCGGUAAUUCACCGAAGCAACAGCAGAAGAACAACCGCCAAGAAGCGAAGCCACCCAAGGACCCCGAACAAAGCGAGGCGGUGGCAUGCAGUGCUCCGAUUAGUAAGCUUCCCGGCGAUCCACGGUAUGGUUGUAGCGGACAGUAUGGUACAGCCAAGACUUGCGAUGCUGCCCCCCAUCCGAUUCGCGAAACACAGUAUGUUGCUGCGGUCCACAAGGGGUGUGCCACGCAAGAUGGUAAGGGCACCUACGGUUACGCGUACGAUGAUGGUGUAGGGCUGAAGCAGUGUCCGCCGAUGACGCUCUACGAGUGGAGGGUCGCGGGAUGGGUGCUGAUGAGCUACAUUCUCUACGGAGCCGCAGCGCGCUGGUGCUAUGUGCAGAAUGCCCCACCCGGAAAGGGUGCACAAGGUCGAAGAGAGGCCGUUACGGCGACUGCACUCCUACCCCUGGCAGCAAGGGCGGAAGAGGUUUCCUCAUCGAAAACGGCAGUCGGUGGUGAGCGCGUCACCCUGAAAGGAGGACUGCAGUUUCCGAAGGCUUCCUUUGGCUUGCAGGUUUACGGCGACGACACCGCAGAGCGGCUGACACAAAUGGCUAUCGAAGUCGGCUAUCGGAACUUCUUUGCAUCCGUUCUCGCGGGCAACCAGAAAGGUUUUGCACGUGGGGUGAAGAAGUCGGGGAUUCCACGGGAAGAGCUCUUCAUCUGUGGAUCGGUGGUGAGCAAUCUCGUGCAGGAUUUUGAAGAUGCGUAUCUGACCACGAAGAAAGGCUGUGCGAAGAACUUGGAAGCCUUUGCCGAAGGUGGCAUCACAGAGUUGGACAUGAUCAUGUUGGAUUAUCCAGCCAGCGACUGUGAGACCAUCCGGGGGCAGUGGAAGGCUUUCGAGGAAAUGCUGGCAGCUGGCCAAACCAAGAGCCUGGCCGUCAGUAACUUCUCGCCGGAGCAGUUGGACUGCAUCUUCGCAGACCCGGAUGCAACUCCUCCGGUUCUCAAUCAGCUCCCCUACUCCUUGAAGACCUACGACGACAAAGCAGUGCGUGAGAACGGCAGACGCGGCAUCCUGGUCCAGGCCUGGGGUCCCCUGGGCUCUGGGAGCUUGGGCAUCGGUGCUUCGAAGUUGGCCGAGGAGAUCGGUCAGAAGUACGGCAAGACCGCAGCGCAAGUAGCCCUGCGUUGGAUCCUGCAAACGGGCGCUACCUUCACGACCCAGUCCAAGAACAAGGACCACUUGAAGGAAGACUUGCAGAUCUUCGAUUUCUCCUUGGCUGACGAGGAGGUUCUCCAGCUGAGUGAUAUGAGCACCAGCGUCGCAGGACGCCUCAGCGCUGUCGCAGAUGUGGCGGUGCCAGUCGGUGGUGCGGUGGGGGGAGCGCUGCUGAUCUCUUCCGUCCUGGACUCCUUGGAUGCGAAGGGCGAUGACAAGCCCACGGACGACGCCGUCAAGAAAGCCACUCUGCCAGAGCCGGAAAAGAAGACGAAGAAGAAGAACGAGGAUGAAGAUGAGGAUGACGAUGAUGAUGUCAAGACUGGCAUCUCAGAGCAAGUAGAUGCAGACUUUGGGGGAGUCGAGCUUCAGACCAGCAUGACGGCAACGUCAGGAUUGCAUGGCAGUCAGAAGCGAUUUCGCAUCACGAACCACUGUCCCAAGACAAUCUGGGUGCAGUCGACCGGCACCAAGAUGCCGUAUGAUGCCGACAUCGUGAAGAUCGGCUCUGGUGAGUAG